CGUCGUUGACCGCGUCGUCGCAUCCACACAACACACACACUGUCGUCCAUUCGCCCCCUCCGCACACUCGCACGCGCAUACAGCAGCAGCAUGUCGCACGUCUCGCCCCUUGUUGUUGACCGUCCCCUCGUCAUCUGCGGCCCCUCGGGCACGGGCAAGUCGACGCUCCUCAAGGCCCUCUUCGCCAAGUACCCCGGCGAGUUUGGCUUCUCCGUCUCGCACACGACGCGUAACCCCCGCGCGGGCGAGGAGAACGGACGCGAGUACCACUUUGUCACGCGCGACGAGUUCAAGGCGCGUGUCGACAACAACGAGUUCUUGGAGUGGGCCGAGUUUGGCGGUAACUGCUACGGCACGACCUUCGCCGCGCUCCGCGGCCUCGCGCCCAAGCGCUGCAUCCUCGACAUCGAUCUGCAGGGCGUCAAGCAGCUGCACGUCGCCGGCCCUCAGCAGGCGCCGCCCCUCGAGCCCGUCUUCCUCUUCCUCAGCCCCCCGUCCGUCGGCCACCUCAAGGACCGCCUCGCCGGCCGCGGCACCGAGACCGAGGAGAGCACGCGCAAGCGCCUCGCGGCCGCCAAGGCUGAGAUCGAGCACGCCCUCACCGGCGCCCACGACAUUGUGAUCGUCAACGACGACGUCGAGCGUGCCGGCGCCCUCCUUGAGGCGGUCGCACUCGGCACUGACGGCUGGGACAAGGUCGGCGACGACCUCCCCGAGCUCAAGGUCCACGAGCUCUAGGCGACGCGCUUUGUGCUGGUUGUGGUGCUUCGACUCUUGGAUCGAGCAUCCUGCCACGUGCGUGCGAGCAAGCGAGCGAGCUCCCUCUCCUGCCCCAUCUUCAAAAUAAUCCUGCACCGCAGAUAUCAUACAUGCAAUGCAUUAGACGUA